AAGGAAAAACCGCUAUAAAGAUAUCCUACCAUUCGAUUAUACCCGCUUAAUUUUAUCAGAGUUGGAUGGUGUUCCGGGAUCAGAUUAUAUCAAUGCUAAUUAUCUUAAGGGUCACGAUGGAAGGCCUGUGUACAUUGCAGCUCAGGGACCACUUCCACAGACCGUCAUAGAUUUCUGGCGACUGAUUUGGGAGAGCAACACUGAAAUUGUGGUGAUGGCGUGCAAUGAAUAUGAACAGGGGAAGCAUAAAUGUCAGAAAUAUUGGUGUGAAGAGAACGAAGAUCUACAGUUUGGUGACAUUUCAGUUCAACAGAUUAAUCAAGAAUGCAUUACCAAAGAUUUCCUGAUUCGUAAACUUAAUGUACAUAAAGGAGAGGAGGAGAAGGAGAUUUUGCAAUUCCAUUAUACAUCAUGGCCGGACCAUGGGGUGCCAUCAUCAGUGGAAGCUAUCAUAAACAUGGUAAAGAAGAUGAGGAACCGCCAGUUGGAUGAUAAGAAACCUUUGCUUAUCCAUUGCAGUGCUGGGUGUGGACGAACUGGAACUAUUUGUGUUAUUGAUUAUGUAAGGAAUUUAUUAAGAGAUGAGAUGAUUGACGAGAAUUUUAGUCUGAAGUCAAUUAUUUUAGACAUGAGGAAACAGAGGCAUGCAAUUGUGCAGACAAAAGAACAGUAUGAGUUGGUCCACAAGGCAGCAGCAGAAUUGUUUCGCGAAACAUUAAUAACAAAAUUUGGCAUGACAUUUGGAGACAGUCCUUUAUAUGAGAAUUGGACAUUAGAUCAUGAUUUAUCGAGACUGGAAAUAGAAAAGGGUACUCCACAACAACCAGAGGUACCUAGAAAGCCUCCAUCCAUCGAUGUUGAUAGUUCGAAGGUCAAUGCCCCUUCGAAACAAAAUCUGAAAUCAAAGCCUUUAAAACCUCCAAUUCCAACUAACAAGCCUAACUCAAGUUCUAAAGUUGGAAAUUUAAAACAAGAUAAUUUAGUUGUUACUCCGACCCCAGCCCAGAGACGCUCUUUUGAUUCAGUUCUUGAUAAUGUGAAGAGUCCUAGAACAACUACUCAAAGAUUGUCAGGUACAGAGAGUAGAAUCACUGGAGUUCAGAACUUACUGUUACAACACGGGACUAGCCUGACAGGGGGUUUGCAGAUGAAACCCAACCAUUCUAAGCAACUCUCUGCGGACUUGAAUAAACCGCAAGACACUGUCAAACCACAAACAGACCGUAAGCCACCCCUACAAAAUUUGCCUAGCCCAAGACCUCUACAGCGCCAACAGCCUCUCCGCAGUACAUCCGCAAGUAGAGGGUAUGAAGUAGUGUCUCCAGACCAGACAUCAUUAUCUGGUUACGAGUUUGUCCAGCCUGAAAAGAAAGUGCCACCUUUAAAGCCAAUACGUAGUAAACAAUUUGAUAUCUCGUUCCAACUGCCAGUACCACAGAAGCGAUCAUUACCACCAGUAGACAAUCAGACUUCUCAAAAAACAACAUCGUCCACAGUAGGCAAAGAAGAGUACGCUUAUGUUGAACAUAAAAGCCAUAUCAAUGAUGUCAUUGAAAGAGAAAAAGUAUCAGGUACUGAGGAGUCACCAGCAUAUAUAUCUGCCGAUCUUGAUCCAGAUUACAGUCUUACUGGUCAGAAUUCAAAUUGCAAAGAGGAAGUUGUUCCCUAUGCUUAUACUGAUAUUGACAGUAAAGUGACGAAAUCUGAUGUUAGAUGGCCAGCAAAACAGAAUAAAGACGAAGCUUAUGAGGAUAUCGAUUUGCAGACUAUUAAUCGACCGAAACCAGCAGGACGUAGCAAUACGUACAUGAACGAAGAUGCUGCAUACGCUGAGGUCGGAGAAUUCUCAUCACUGCAAGAUAAUAAAGCAUCUCAAUCACGCUUGACAAGCGUAACUAGCACAGCUUCCUCUAAUUCUGGCUGGUCUUUCACUGAUGAUUCUUUUGACGAUGAUGAAGACAUUCCAGAGGUGCCUCAAAGAACCAAGGAAAUGUAUCAGACACUAGGUCAAACACAAGAAACAGUAGGAUCAGGAAGCUCUUCAUCGAAUUUUAAAAAAUUGGCACCAUUUGCAACUUUAAAUAAGUUUUUAACAAAAGCUCGACCAAGAAUACCAGACUUUACUUCUAAUCCAACUCCAACCACUCCGGUACCGCAACAAAAUACAGUGGUAGACCACAACAUGGACUUGAAUGAAGCAAUAAGAAACGCUACUUUUGAAGCUAAAGACACAUACAAUCCAGAAAGUAUCUGGUAUCAAAAUUUAGAUAUAAGUUUUCCAAAGAAGGUUGCAAAGCCAAAACCGGCUCGAAACCCGACGUGGGAUGAAACAUAUAACUUUCAUUACAAAUAGCCUAAGCAACAAAGAAGGCAAUAUCAACGUGUAUAGAUAUGCAAAAGUUAAAAUACUAAGUGAAAAGCAGUAACUGUGUCUUCCACCUGAUUACUCGUACAGAACAGUCCAGAGGCAGAUUGCUAUAAAACUGUCAUAAACAGGUAGUCUUAACUAGUCGAUUAUAGCCAGCGUUAUUACAUAGAUGUUCUCACAAUAGUUACCUCUGUAAGACCAUUGCUAUAAAACAGUUUUAACUAAGACUACGCACACGUAUUAAAAAUCAUCCCAUAGCAAAUGUGCUUUUUGAUAAUGUAUUUGCUGUCAUGCACAUUGUUAUUGCAAAACUGAUGAAAAUUAAGUUUCUAUAAUUGUUUUUGAAAUUAAAGUUUUGUUAUUAAUUUUAAAUAUGUAGGCCAUAUUUAGAAGCAUUUUUAUGAAUUUGAUAAGAUGGUCAUAUCAGGAUUCAUGAAAAAGCUGUGUAAGUAGCUCUUUACUUUAAAUGUAUAUUGUUUGCGUUCAGGUAAUAAAAUUAAAUAAUAAAUGUAAAAUUAAAAUAAUAAAAUGUAACAUUUUUAAUUUGUAUAUUUACGUAGAUUAUUGUCUUUCAAUGGAAUAUGAAAAACAAAAUUGUUACCCGCCAUUUUAAACGAAUUUGGAAAACCGGACACUCACUGUUUUGUAUGACUGUCGUACGGCUCCAUCUUUGCUCACCGUCCGCGCUAGACGACGUGUCGCCAUCUAAAGAUUGUCGGUGGCAGUCUGAACUUAUCGUCAUUAUAAACAAUCAGUUGCGCGCGUGCUGUGGGUUAACGUUCUUCGUAGAAUCGCGUCAGCUGAUGAUCGUCGGCCGUAGUAAGUGCUCAGUUAUAAGAUGCAAGAAUAAUAAUAGCAUACAUAUAUUCUUAUGAAACUCUUAAUUUGGCUGAUAAUCAAUUUAGGAAUUAUUCUACUUAAAGGUCGAAUGAAUCAGUAAAAACUGAAUGAAUUUGACCUUUUGACUUUUGACCUGUGUCUCAUUGGAAGGUGAUAACAUAUUUGAUUCUUUUUAUAUAAAAGUUUUUAAUUGAUUUGUUUUAGGGUUAUCCUCAAUUUAUUUCUGAGACAGUAUACAGGUGUCCCCCUCUAAUUUAAGUUUCCUGCAAAUAAAGACCACUUUUAAUCAGAGACCACCUAUCUGCAAUCUCAAAUGAAUGUCUAUCUUAUAUUUUUAUGAAAAUAAUUUUUCUAAUUAAAGACCAAAUCUGCUAAAGACCCAUAAAAAUCUAGGUGACAAAAAUGGUUUUUAAUUGGAAAGAGACCUCUUCUUUAACUUAAAUACUUUUUAUUUUCUAACAACAUUACCAGUUAUACUAGAAAUAAUUACUGAAAUCAUAUUUGUUAGUAUAGGCUAAAAAUCAUGAAACUGAUAUUAAAUUAAUGCAAGAUAACAUGAUGAUAUAAUAUUUUAUUUUAAUUAUAUAUUUAAUUCCAUUUUUUAAAUACUUUAGAUAGAGAUAUUUAAAUAUUUGUAUUUUGAUAACUAUCUGAAGGUGCUCCAUCCCCACCUACAAUUAAUUCAUAUGGUUUUUUAAAGUAAUAUUGGUAAAUUCUCAUUUAGAGAUAAAAAUUGAGUUCCCAAUAAUUAUGAAAUUAAUAUUUCUUUCUAUAACAAAAAUGGAAAUAUAAUGACAAUAUACUUUGAAGUAUGUACUUUUAAUACCUAAAAUUUCAAGUACUUUUAUACUUGUACCAAAUUGUAUUAAGUAGAAAGAAUAUUUUGUAGUGUUACAUAUAUUUCUAAGAUGAAUUCUAAUAAAGUAGAAUUAAAUAAUAUAUUAAUAUUUAAUUACUGUAAUAUUGAUAAUGACUUUUGUAUUGAAUAUUAUUAUAGUUUUUAAAGUAACAGGAAACAUUUUUAUAAGGGGACUGGCAAACAAUUAAAAGUAGAAUUAGUCAUUUAAUUUAGGGAAAUUCUCAAAAUGCAAUGUUAUUUUUAUCAUGUGGACAUUUGAUAGUACUAGUGAUUGUUUAAAUACUAUAUUUAUUAUCAUUACCAUGUUUUGUGUGGGACUAUUAGGUAAUGUUACCAUUAUUACUGUGAGUCAGCUUCCAAUAAGUGCUGCGGCAUAUUUUUUCCAAAUACUUCAGUUCGCCGUUUAUUCGAAAGCAGCACUUAUUACAAGUUUAUGUAUUACUAAAAUGUGACCAUGUAUUGUGCAUAGUAAGCCUAUCUGACUUGUUUCAAUUUUAGAAUUAUUUAAUACGCGAGACAUUGGUUAUUUAAUAGUUUCUGGAUGAUACCAAGCAUACAAGGAAGUUUGGUAUGUACUCUCGAUAUUAACAAUUAUUAAAAAUUGAAUAAAUUUUUAAUGAACGCUGUAACUCUUUUUUGAGGGAGUGCUAAGCGAAAAAUAUUUUUUUCUGGUGUGACGCUAAUCAAAAGAGCCACUUAAUGGAACAUUUACAGUAAUUGUAGGCUUGUGUAUACUCAUGGAUCUGUCAUUAUUGUUAUAGAUUAUGUUUAUAUUUUGUUAAAAGUAACCUUGGUUAAAUCAAAAAUUCCAUCAUAGGUUUCAUUGUAAUAGAAGCAAACUUUGGCUCAACGUGUUUGACAGCGCCCUCUUAGACCACCAAGUAUUAAGUUAUAACAAGAAAUUAUGCAAUUUAUAUAACAAAUGGACAUUGUGUGUAAGUGAACCAGUGUGUUCAUUGAAAAAUAAUUGUUAUAUUAUCUUGAUGUUCCGAUUAGUGUAUUAUGUCACUAGCACAGCCUGUAGGCCCUUCUGUAUAUUAAUUUUUGUUUGACCUUUGAACUUAUGUAAGGGAUAUGAGGGGAAUGAGAGUGAAAAGGGGAACAAAAUCAAUAACCAAAUCAUCAAGAAAUUACAUUUCAAUCAUGAUUUAUAUCUGUUCAAUAUUAUUAAGUGGUAGUAAUAUGAAAUAGGCUUUAGUCAAUUAUUAUUAUCAUUGAUACAUGAUAUAAAUAAUGAAUAUUUAUAAUGCUGCAAAGGUUUGAUGUUCACUUCUGUCAAUUGCAAGUCCAUUGGUAAAUGAAACAGGAGUUGUUUUUAAGAAUGUUUGUAUAAAAUCUCGAAGGAAAAGAUAUCAAUGAAAUUUUGAAAAGGUCACUGCAGGUCAGUGAAAUAGCUGUUUUUCAUUUUUGCUAUAAUAUUAGUAUACCAUAAAAUUUUAAUUAAUAAAAUUAUAACUAUAGGUAUUAUUAGAACUGAAAAACAGACCAGGGGGCUUAUACGUAUACUUACUGUACUUGAAGGGUGUGGUCCUACUUUACAGUCAAUACUUAAUUUCUGUAGUAGUGAAGCAUAAACAGAUCUUACCUAAACUCUGUUCAGACCUAUAAUAAAUAUGCUUUUUACAUUAUUUUUUUUAUUAUGCGAAGAUAUAUGUUAGGGAAUUUUCUUUAUAUAAAAUUUGAAUACAAGGCAAACCAAUUUCUGUAAACAUGUCGGUCUGAUUAACUUGUAAAUAAAUAAUUUCUUACUUCGUAUUUAGCUUUCAAUGGACAUUCUGCUAGCCCCUGUCUUUUGAAUAUUGUUGGUCCCACAAAACAACAACGUAAACAAGCGUGGUUGUGGGACAUGUGCAUAUUUAUUUGACCUGUUCUGAUGGGCCAGUUGUAAGAAUUUGACUGAACUCCGGACAGGUCCAUUGAAAAUAUUAGUGAGAACAUAUUUCACUCAAAAUAAAAUUUGUUUCCAUGGUAUCGCUACACGCUGUUGCCGACGACUUUUGCCGACGCUGAUUGGUCGGACGAAUCAGAGCGCCUUCCUAUUUGCAGUAGGAGACAGCUAACCAAUGUAGCGAUUUUAUGCAAAUAAGGCUAAGAAGACACAUUAAUGAUACUUCCUGUACCCUUAAAUUGGCUAGUAAUCAAUUGAAAGAUUUUCGUUGUAACAUUUCUGUAAAUCGUAAAUUUGAGUAUUUUGAUCUUGUCUCAUCGAAAAUUUAUUAUUUAUUUGACCCUUUUAAAUGAGUUAUUGAAUGUUUAAUUUAAAUUGCAUCAAUCACUCAUUUUUUUUUCUCUUUAAAAUAACAAUGUACUGAUAUUACAGGGCAAUCGUUAAGCAUUAAAUUACAUUUUUAAAGAGUAUUACAAAUUUACUACCUGAUUUUCAAUUUUUUUAUUUUUUUUAAUUUUUAAUUUUGAAUUUACUUAACUAAGUAUGAUUGACAUUUUAUUUGUCUAAAGAAAGGAUGGACUAAAUCUAAAUGACAAAAAUAUUUACACAAUUUAUAGGACUAUUAGAUGUGAUACAUUUAUAUGAAAGCUGUUGAUGUUGAAGUUUCACAAACGUUUCUAAAAAAAAAAACUAAAUUUCAAAUGCUUAACCUCUUAAUCAAAGCUGAAACGGCCAUUUUGACUGGAGUGAUAUUUUGUUUUGCUCCAAUAGAUCUCGACUGAAUAAAGGGACCCUAUUGUGAUGGGAAAGCUCUUGAAAUAUAAUCUCUAUUUUGUUGCUUUGACAUGGCUCUCUUGUGUACUUUUAUUUACUUUCUGACAAAGUAGGGAUUUCCAUUGAAUAAAUUUAUUUAGUGUCUAGAUUUGGGAGUGAAACUAGGCAUUUCAUUAUUCAUUACACUUUUGCAUUGCCUCAUUUUUUUUUGUUAAUGAGCAUAUGGAAUAAAUUGAUACAAAUUGCAAA